AUGCCUCGCAGAAAGGAAGGAUGGGAAGAAGCUAAGCAACCAAGUUCGCUAUAUCUUCCUCGCGACGUCAAUCCUGUUCGCCGUCGAGUCUUCCAAGUCACCAAGUCGCCACCCCCAUCUACCUCUGCUUCACCAUAUCCAGAGAAGAAGGCGCCGUUAAUCGUCGAUUCGAGCUCCCGCAUAGGUUCGCAGCAGAGUAGCUACAGUGGAUUCACCUAUCGCAGCUAG